UCUUUAGACUUGCUCAUUAUUUCUCGCUUCGGGUUAAGAGAGAUUUCUUAUAUUUGGGGUCCAAAAAGUCUUAGCCGCAUUUAUAUGCCAUGUCUACCAAACUAAAGUCUCUCCAGAAUGAGCAUUUCGAUGGCCAUGAUGAACCCAGAUGCUGAAAUGAGAAGGUCUCGGAGAAGCGAGGUCCGGCGGUACAACAAAUCCGAUGUUUCCCGGCUCCGGUGGACGCCGGAGCUCCACGAUCAUUUCGUUGAGGCCGUGGAGCGGCUCGGAGGGAAAUACAACGCGACACCGAAGCGAAUUCUGCAGAUGAUGAGCGUGGAAGGACUGAAGAUUUCUCAUGUCAAGAGCCACCUUCAGAUGUACAGGAGUUCAAAGGAUUGCAGCAACGUGGCUAAUGGAGUCCUUUGGCCAUGGGAAGGCUCUCAUGUUCAUAGAGCGAAUCAUCAAGAAAGUUAUGAGCCCCAAUUCAUUUGCACCAGCAGGGUGAUGGAUACAGGAUGCUAUGGAUUGGCUUUGCAGACAGAGAAAGAGGAUUAUAAUGAAUACGAGGUUGUGCCAACUUUCUUCAUAUACGACAGCUUUCGCUUCACACGUCGAACCAGAUUAUGUGAGGCACAGACGUCAAGGGAGGAAGAUGAUGACGAGCUAAGCGAGAAUUGCGAGCUCUCGCUGUCAUUCAAUUCCUCGGUGACGAUGCAAUGUGCAGCGGCAGAAGAUAAAGAGCCAUCGUGGCCGUUGAUGGUCGAUGAUCCCAUCUUCCAGUUUGGUUCCGACAGCGGCGAUCAUCCUCCAGAAACCGGUCACUUGAACCUGGACUUAAAUAUCUGAAACUAUUGAGGUUUCACCCCCACCUUAACAGUUACCAGCCUCAGCUAGCGUUAGAAGGAAAUAGGCAUUAUAUUGAGACCUUUAAAAAGCCUCUCAUGUUAAUAAUCCUUCAGGGACAAUCGGCCUUCACAUCGAGAGUG